AUGUCCGCCGACCCCCAAUCCCGGGAUAUCCUCAGGCUCUCUCUAGCUUCGGUCAGCGUUGCGUGGUAUGUCAUCCUCUUCACUUUUGGUUUAAUCGGUUGCAUAGCCGCUCGGAAGCGGUUUCGACUUCGUCCGCGUUCUCCCUUGUCAUCCGCACCCGCGUCCUCUGUGCCCGGAGUGUCCAUUCUACGACCCCUUAGAGGCUUGGAUACCAACCUGUACGAGAACCUAGAGUCCACGUUCAUUCAGGAGUACCCAAAUUAUGAAAUCUUUUUCUGCGUCGACGACGAGGAUGACCAGGCUCUCUCAGUCGUCCGAGACCUCAUGGCCAAAUACCCUCAUGUCGACGCCCGCAUCGCAAUAGGUACGUCGUCAUGCGACAUUGGGAGCGGGUUGACAGUGGGCGUGAACCCCAAGGUCAAUAACCUCAUGACCGGCUAUCGCGAGGCCGCCCACGACAUCCUCUGGGUGCUGGACUCGAACGUCAUGGUCGACCGCGGCACGCUCGCCCGCGCAGUCGACAUCCUCAGCCCCCCGCCGUCCGCCCCCGCCCGCCCGCGCCGCAUCGGCGUCGUGCACCACGUCCCCCUCGCCUGGGUCACCAACUACGCGCUCGGCUCGUACGUCGAGGAGGCCUUCCUCAACACCAACCACGCCAAGAUGUACAUCGCCAUCAACACCGUCGCCGUCGACUCGUGCGUCGUCGGCAAGUCCUGCCUCUACCGCAAGUCCGACCUCGAGCGCGUCGACGGCUCCCUCCGGCGCAUACCGGACGCGGCGAGCGGGGGGUGCCAGCCGGGCGAGCGCGGGCUCGCCGCGUUCGGCCGCUUCCUGGCGGAGGACAACAUGAUAGCGAGCGCGCUGUGGCACGAGCUCGGCCUCGGGCACGACAUGUCCUGCGACGUCGCGAGGAACGCGGUCGGGGACAUGUCCGUCCUGGACUACGUCGCGCGCCGCAUCCGCUGGGUGCGCGUGCGCAAGCACAUGGUCCUCGCUGCGACGCUCGUUGAGCCGCUCACGGAGUCGGUCCUCGUCGGGUUCCUCGCCGCUGCCGGGCUGAAGUACCUCACCGGCCUCCCCGUCUUCCUCUUCCUCCCCGUGCACUUCCUCGUUUGGCUGCUUGUCGACUUGGACGUCUGCGCCUCGCUGGCGGGACACCCCGUGCCCGCGGACAAGCGGUGGCAGUUUAUUGGCGCAUGGGCGUUGCGCGAACUGCUUGCACUCCCCAUCUGGACUGCUGCCAUACUCGGGAACGAGGUGGAGUGGAGGGGGAAGCGGUACCAGGUGAUGCAGAACGGCGAGGUCCAAAAGGCGGGUAAUGAGCGCCGUGGGGUCCUGGGACGGCUGUGGGGUUUUGGCAGGAAGAGCACAGACUAUUACGAACCGUUAGAAAUGAGAGACUAG